GGCAGCUAGCACGAGGCUGUGGAGCGCUGAGCCGCGCGUCGUGCCCUGCGCUGCCCGGACUAGCGAACAAUACAGUCAAGAUGGCUAAAGGUGAUCCCAAAAAACCAAAGGGCAAGAUGUCUGCUUAUGCCUUCUUUGUGCAGACGUGCAGAGAGGAACAUAAGAAGAAAAAUCCAGAGGUCCCUGUCAAUUUUGCUGAAUUUUCCAAGAAAUGCUCUGAGAGGUGGAAGACCAUGUCCGGGAAAGAGAAGUCGAAAUUCGAUGAGAUGGCAAAGGCGGAUAAAGUGCGCUAUGAUCGGGAAAUGAAGGAUUAUGGACCAGCUAAGGGAGGCAAGAAGAAGAAGGACCCUAAUGCCCCCAAGAGACCACCAUCUGGAUUUUUCCUAUUUUGUUCUGAAUUCCGUCCCAAGAUCAAGUCUACAAACCCUGGCAUCUCUACUGGAGAUGUGGCAAAGAAACUGGGCGAGAUGUGGAAUAACUUAAGUGACACUGAGAAGCAGCCAUACAACAACAAGGCAGCAAAGCUGAAGGAGAAGUAUGAGAAGGAUGUCGCAGACUAUAAGUCUAAAGGGAAGUUUGAUGGCGCCAAGGGUCCUGCUAAAGUUGCCCGGAAAAAGGUGGAAGAGGAAGAUGAAGAAGAUGAGGAGGAGGAGGAGGAUGAAUAAAAAAAAAACUGUUGAUCUGUCUCCUUGUGAAUACCUUAGAGUAGGGAGCGCCUUGAUUGACACACCUCUCACCCAAGACGUGUCUGUUGCCCUCAUUAGGUUUAAUUACCCGAUUGGCUCAUGAUCAUAUCUUAGUCUCUCAAAGUGCUCUAGCAGUUGUAAGUGGUUUACAUUAAGUGGCCAUGGGUGUCCGGAGCACCUGGAAACUGUAUCAAAGUUGUACAUAUUUCCAAACAUUUUUAAAAUGAAAAGGCUCUCGUGUUCUCCUCACUCUGUGCACUUUGCUGUUGGUGUGACAAGGCAUUUAAAGAUGUUUCUGGCAUUUUUUUUUUUUUUAAU